AUGGCGGGCAUUCCGAUGACGGUGACGGCCGUUCCGGCAUUUCCGACGCAAGUGCCGUUCAACAGCAGCUAUCCGCCUUUACCAGCGAUUGCCAACGCAUCCUGGGCUUCUCGCUUCGGCCCACCCGAUGAUCUGGUGGUCAUCUCUGCGCGGCGUGUCAACUCGAUUCUUCCGUCUCUGAUCACAGCAUCCAUGGCGCUCGGGCUGGUGGUAUCCGACUGGUCCAUCCAUCUGCCGUGGGAAUGGAAGCUUCUCUCCCGACGCAAAAAGUGGAAGCUCUCGCACAUUGCCUACUUUGCCUCGCGCAUUGGUGGACUGGGAUUCAGCAUCUGCGCAAUACUCCACUCGGUAGUGGGCAAUGUGGCAGGCGGACCCAUGGAACUGGGCGCACGACGCUGGGACUACGCCAACAUGGCUUGUUCAGCUGACCGUCGCGCGAUGACAUUCUUCUCGAUGCUCUCGAUUGCAGGCAGUAGCGGCAUCCUGCUCCUGCGCUGUCUCGCGCUCUAUCGCUUCAACAUCAUCGCUGUGGUCUCGCUCGGUCUGCUGUGGCUCGCCACCCCCGCAUUCCUCAUUGUCAACAUCUUUGUGCUCACCAGCGGGAGCAAACGUAACGGAAUCAGCGCAUGCGAUCCCGCCCCACCAAAGAAGCUCUCGGCUCCCAUCAUCUACAUGAUGCCGUGGUUCGUGCUGCCCAUCUUUGACUCGACCAUCCUGGUGCUGUCGCUGCUCGGUCUGCGACGGGCCUCGCACCGACGACGCAGCUCGCCUCUCGAGCGCAUGUUCCGCAAGGACAAUAUCUUCUACUAUGCGAUUGUCUUCCUGUGCGUCAUCCCGAUCCCCAUCUGGUACCUGCGUUCGCAGCGCGAUGGCAGGAUGAUGCCGUAUCUCAACCUCUACAUUGGACUGUCGAGCAUCUUGUCGUGUCGCAUGUUCAUCAAUCUGUGGAAGGCCAUCGGGAGGGAGCUGGCGUUGGCGCAUACCUUCGGCAGCAACACGCAAGAUCCUUACCGCAUAGACACGAGCAUGGACCAGGCGACGGCAGGAUUGGUGGGAUCUCGCGUCAGCCUGCCUACCUCCGAGGUGCGCGAGGGCCCCGACUCAAUAGCCGAAUCCGCUUCUCCGACGGAUGCGAGCGCAGCCGGCGCCUCUCCGCUUCGCGAGAAGGCCCCUGCGUCAUCUACUUCCAUCGAUACCAAGUCAGCGUCCGCGUUGGCCAUCACCAGGGACUCUGAUGCAGUCUCGUCAACGCAGAGCCCUCACGCAACACGGUACCGCAGCAUCGUGCCGGAUUGGACAGAUGUCGAUCCUGAUCUUGCGUAUAGUUUGAAUGGCGACUACUAUGAAGGUGCCAACUCGCUUUCGUACGAUCACCGGUCGCGAGGAAUGCACUCUACUCCCUUCUAG